AUGGCGACCGCAGAGGAAAUGGCUGCCUACACGCAGCGACUCAUCUCUCACACGUCGGCGCAGGACAAGCCUGUCACGGAGAUCGCGGUUUUCAAAUUGAACCCGGCCUUCGCUACAGACCAUGCUGCAGCCGCUGCCGAGUUUGAAUCGCAGAUUAUCGAGCAGACGGCGCCGGGAAAACCUUAUGCGAAAGGCAUCCGGCGCGUAAGCUGGGGGUUCUCCAAGGACGAUCCUGAAACCUUUGUCUGGAUGCUCGACUGGGACAAAAUCCAAGACCAUUGGGAGUUCUGGCAGACACCCGGAUUCCAGCCGGUCAUCAGCACCAUCAACAAAUUAUUCGUGCCAGGCCGUCCGCUGGUGCGACAUUAUGAUUUUGGGGAGCCAGGGAUGAUUGAGACAGCUUGGAUCAGGUUGUUCGUUUGGGACGAGAAGAAGGAGGGUGCCACGCCAGAGGCGGCAUACGGAAAGGUUAUGAAGACCAAUGCUCCAAGGACCGCAACCGGCGAGAGACAGGCUUACGCAGUUGAUGUAGAUGAGAUGACUUGGUACUGUCUUUUACUUGGUUUCGAGAACGAGACUGGUGCUGCUAAAGCAGAGGUUCAGUCUGGUUUCGAUGGCGAAGAUCACAUUGUACAGCUCAAAUACUUGAAUAAGCCAUAG